CUUCGAGGAAUCGAGGAGCUAUGGGAGACGACAACACGGAUCCCGUGCUGUGCCUGCAGUCACAUCAAUCGCUUCCACCACCGCCGCCGCCGGCUCUCAAGGACGCCCGAAGCGACGCGCUGCCGGAACGUGAUCAGACGUCGACGCCGCAUAGCGACCAGCACCCCGUACAGCCCUCAACAGUCCCGGUCAGCGCGUCGGGACAACAACAUCCCAACCAGCAAGAGAUCAGUCAGCAACCGGCUGUACCAACACAAGACGCGUCGGCUGUAUCUGAUCCGGCGCAAAGCCACGUCUCGCAGCAUUCGACGCCGACCCUGCCGCCUAUGAACUACCAGCAUCAACCCACGGUGCAUACUCCGGCACCGGUCCCUGCCACAGCGCCAGUGCAUGCCCAGAACGGUCACCACCCUCAACAUCACCAACCUCCACCACCGCAACACCUUCCUCAUCCGGCGCCGGCGCAUAUCACAAAUGGAACACCUCCUCAAUACCCACCACAUGGCCAUGCACCCCCACCGCCAAACUACACAUACCCUUCAGAAGCAGGCAUGCAACAAGCUCCCUCGAACAUGCAGUCCAAUGGAGGGCCUGUGAAUGGCUACGCGCCUCACAUGGGCUACCAGGUACCACUCGGAACACCGCACCUAAAUGCAAAUCAGCUGCCAGGAACACGACACAAGAAGGAGAUCAAGCGUCGUACAAAAACAGGAUGUCUGACGUGCCGGAAGCGUAGGAUCAAAUGUGAUGAAGGUCAUCCUGCCUGUCGCAACUGCCAGAAGAGCAAGCGCGAGUGUCUGGGCUAUGACCCCAUCUUCAAAUCUCAAGCCUCGCCGCCAACCAUUCAACCCGCUCCAGGCAUCUUUCCUCCACAACUACCUCAGCAGCAGCCGCAACAACACCAAGUCAAGCACGAGCCGCAGAUGCCUUCGGAUCCGCAACGUUAUUCGAAUGUUCCACAAGGAUACAUGCCCGCCGCGAGCGCUGGAUACUCGCCUGCUACAGCCAUGCAGCCACCGGUUGACUUCGGUGCCCAAAUAGACCCUGCCUUGGGCCCUCCAAACUCGGCGGCCGCCCCUCCCCCUGUACAACAACCACCCCCUCCACCGCCACCACCGCACGAAGAAUACACAACCAGUCUACACCCACAGCGAAAUGUGCGUCUUGUCACUAUGGACUCGCUAUGCAGCCUUGACAACAUCCCACCAGCACUGCCCCCACACAAUUCGAGUCCUCUUGCGUCGCACGAGAUGGAACAGAUUCGUCUCAUGUAUCUUGCAGAAUAUGCCUCUGGACUAGACCGUUUCUUCGAGACCAACUGGUACACGGAUCAUGGCUUUAAUCUCGUCGUCGGAAACCACGACCUGUUACGCUAUUUCUUGUACUGUAUAGAACGCUUCUCACAUGCCCAAAAUGGCGGCGGCUCACAUGGUCUUACAUCGUUGGAAGCUCGCCUCGUGUGGCAACUGGGCUGCCUGCCUCGCGCCAUACCCUCAAACGCAGCUCCACCAUACCUUAAUACUCUUCUACAACGUCUGGCUACAGUCGAGAACCUACUUUGCGGCACAUUUUUGGAUCCUGCCAUGGUCCCUAUACAACCUCCGGCCAAUCCUCCGGAUCCGAAACUCGUCGAACAAUACACUCAAUAUUUGCAAGACGCCUUCUGGCACCAGCUAGGUCGCUUCGUAAGCAUCCACGACGACAUCAUCUCGCCCGAUGCGGCGCAACAGAUUGCUACAGCUCUCGCAGCUAUGCGCAAUAUACUUUCCAUGCUCGAGAAUCGUGACGUUCUUUACUCGAUGGCAAUUGCUCGUCAUUUCGGCGGUCGUAUGGUUGACUAUAUCGAGAGCAAGAUUCUGGUUUCNAAAAGUGCAGAGCCCGAUGAUCCUAUUGCAAAGCUUGCUGUUGCAAUGAAUUUUAUCCGUGACGAAGACUCGCAAGGCACUACACAGGUUGUACAGAGGUUGUGUGGUAUGUGCAGAAGGAGUUGGCAGCUGCAACGGCAAACUACAUCGCCUGCA